AUGCGCAGGGUGCUCUUCCUUGGAUGCACGAGUAUCGACGAGCACAGCUUUUCAACACCACUUAUUGUUGUUUCUUCGCCGCAGAAGCAACUCCAUGGGGAAGAAGGUGAUCACGAUCUUGGCGGAAGCGCAAAGUGGAGGGGGGACGGAAAGAGCUCCUUCCAGGAGGUGGCAGAUCAUGGGCCGAUUGCUCGCCGAGAUUCCCUCCGUCGUUCGAGCCAGGCCGAGUCGCAAGCAGGAUACCGAGGCCGACAACGUGAAGAACAGUGUGCGGUGGCAAUCCAACGGAACGUGCGGGGGACCAGCGGACGAAAGAGGUUCUUGACGCUACAGGCGGCCAGGGAAGAACUUGAGCGCUCCCUGCAAGCGUUGGCGUCCGCCGCCGCGUUAGCUCUGGCGCACCGGCAACAUCAGCAGGACCAGCAGCCGAACGACGGCAGGGGGGCGGAGGUCGACAGCGAGGGCAAAGCGAAGAACGUCUCCAUAGCCGCCGAGCGACUGCUGGAGACCAGCCGAGAAGACGGCCUCGCGAAGCCACCGUUCAAGAUCCUCCGAGCCAUAUACUGUAGCCUCAGCGAAGCUACCCUUGCCGUAGCGUGCUUGUCGGCGGCAGAGGAGGGGGAAGUCGGCAGGGUGGUGGGAGGAAGCAGGAACGCCAGAAUCAGCGGCCUACCUUGCGCGGCUACCAUGGCAGAGUCUUGCGACGCGGCCAAAGAGGCACUGGACGCCAUCCGGGAGGCUGUUGGGGCGGGCACGACGGUGAUAGGGGAGAUGGCGCAUACAACCGUACAUGCCACCGCGUCGUCUCCGAAUGCCCCUCGAGAUCAUCAACACUCCCCAGCAGGCAGCGGUAGGGCGGCCGCGAUUGCAAUGACGUCUGCUCGGGGAGGGCUGCUUGUUUCCGCUGACGAACCGCCUACGACCCAUGGGGAAUCACUCGCAGGGCAGGAGCACAGAGAGGGCAACGACGCACGAAAUCGGGGGGAAUCGGUCGACCCAGGCGAUAAGAGGCCUGCCCAGCCUGUUCCAUUGCGAUCACUGGACGUCGAGCGCGUCGCGAAGUUGCUGCGCUUACAUGGCUUCGAAGAGUACGCCCCCGGGUUUGUCGCCCAGGCCGUUGAUGGGGUCAUGCUGAGCGACCCUAACCUGUGCCAAGAUGAUUUAACCGAGCUGGGGCUGGGUGGAGGGGCAGCAGAAAGAGCCCAAGAUAGCAGGGCUCGCAUGGUGUCGUUUUUCCGACAAUGCCAACGACACGGGGUUGUUUUCCCGGUUGCUGGAGGCUCGUCACCGUCUUUUGGAGGGAAGAUAGAGCCACGAACGGAUUCCGUACACAACGGCGACUCGACCUCCGACGAUCGGCGACGGAACGAAUCGGCUACCCUGCGGAAAAAGGAGAUGGGGGGACUGGAGGGGAGCGUGCCUGGUGAAAGCAAAACGGAUCGAACAGAGUCAACGCAAGAUUCGCCCUGGCGGCGUGGUUCAGUGCUUGUCGACCGUGAGAACCAGCGCGUGAUUGCCCAAAUAAGCUUAGACUCGGGCGGCACUGGUAGAGGGGACGCAACCGCCUUCACGGGAACCGAGGGCGGCCGGCGGAUGUCCGUGAAGCUCAACCAGGGGGUGGUGAUAACUGCGGGCGGCCGAGAGGCUGGGAGUGUGGAGAAUAUGAACGAGUUGCCGGCUAUCAACGCCGAAGAAGGGGAACUAGCAGCAUCACCAGACGCAGCAGCAGAGGCGGCAGCAGCAGGGAAGGGGCAGGGGGGGGGGGGGGG